AUGAACUUCCUAAAGAUUUUUCAGAGCGAAAAGAAAAGCAACAAUGAAUCUGUAAGUCAGCCAAAUUGUGAAGUGCCAAAAGAAAAUGACACGUCCUCCCCCCCUGUGGGGAAUGACGUCGGGCUGAAUUACAGCCACGGUGUUAACACGCAGGAGGGAUGCACCAACGUAUCACCUCCAUUUGAGAAUUGCGAAGGGGUCAUCAUGGGUACUCACGUGGAUGCUUCCAAUAGACAGACGAAUUUUGAAAACGGCGCAAAUGGUUUGGUGGCCCAGCCCUCAGACCCGGGGGUGCACCUUCCGCAUGGCGUAUCAGCAGCGGGUGAAACGGGGCCGAGCGCUUCGGGUAUUCACCCGGUGGGUGUGCACGGGGUGGGCAUCCCCCCGGUAGGUAUCCACUCAGUAGGCCACCCCCCGGUAGGUGUUCACUCUCCUGGGGUCCACUCAGUAGGCAUGCACUCCCCAGGCGUCCCCCCUGUCGACAUGCCCCCCCCCCAGUUCGGCGCCCAGAGCAGCUACGAACAGAAGGAAAGCUACGACUACCCGAAUGGGAGCCUCAACGCAGGGGUGCCCUACCCCGAUGGAGAGCUCUACGCACAUAUGAAGAAGAUGAAGGCGGACGCAUCCUACCCCUGCAGCACGUACGACGUGAGUGCCAGUGACACGUAUGGUGGUGGUAGCCAUGGGAGAUCCCACGACAACAGUAGCGGCAACAGCAGCAGAGCCCAUUCCAGCCAGUACGUAGGCAACCAAGGGAUGGUUCGCUCAGCAGGUUAUGUCCUCUCCGAAGAGAAAAGCAUCACGAACGUUGGCAAGCAGAAAUAUGGUGUUAAUUCAACUGGGGGUGCAGACCUCUUCCAGUCACCCACCGACCUGCAUGUAAAUAAAGCAGCGGUUGAGUUCUCAUCAUUUGAGAGCAAAACAGGUGGGGCGUACAUCGACCCUAAGAGUAACUACGCGGAGCAAGUGGAGCAUAGCAAUUCUUAUAACAGCCAUCAUAUUGUAGGGACCCCAUAUGCAGGCACUUCCUCAGUGGCCACUCAACCGUAUGGGUUUGACCAGCAUGUGAGUAGCAACAGCGCAACAAAUGGGACGGUGAGUACCCCAGGAGGGAUGAAUAAGCCUGUCGAUUAUGCCUUCCCCUCUGGGGGGAGUGGCCCCCCUGGCCAACUCACAGACCAUAACAUGUCAAGCAGCAUAGUUCACUCCUUUCAGCACCAACUGAAUGACUUAGCUUUUGCUCAGCACAAGCAGGUGGCUGGAAGGAAGAAGGGAGAGUUCGCUGGCAACCAGUCCUACAUGAAUUUGUACGGUGGGGUGGCGGCUACCACUGCGGUCAGUGGUUAUAGCUACGGGGAGGACCUGCUGGCCAGGCACCCCGGUGGGGUGAAGGGCGGCCCCACGCAGGUCGGCAGUCAGCAGGGCGGCAGUCAUCAGGUCGGCAGUCAGCAGGGCGGCAGUCAUCAGGUUGGCAGUCACCAGGUUGGCAGCCGACAUAUAAGCAUCCAACAGAUGAACCGUCAUCAGCAGGGCUGCCCCCCCAAUGGCGCUGAAUUUCACGGGAAGGGAUUCCCGCCGAGUGGGCAGCCCCGAAUGGGUAAGGCGGAUCCGAAGCGGAAGCAGCCGGGAGGGGAGCCCAGACGGGGGGUCAGCGGGGAUGAAGGACACAUCAGGGGCGUCGACUCCGUGGGGAAGAUGGUCCGAUGGAAAAAAAACGAAGAGGAGGCUCCACAGCAGGAGAAGAAGGAAGACGACAAGGGGAGCGAGUACUACUACGAGAAGACACUAGAUUUUUUGAGAAAGGAAUUCUGCAUCCAUCACAGUGAUAAUGUAAAUGGCUACCUAAACGACAGAGACAUGCUAGCCAAAACGCCUUUUUUUAAGCUCGUCAAUUUUGAAAAAAAGCUAGCUACUGAGCGAAAGCGAGUUUUAAAUUACUAUCACGAGGAUAGGAAGCAAAUUUAUUCUAGCACUAUAAAUAAAGACAAGCAAUUUUCUCACAUUUUUUUUAAUAAUGAAAAAUAUUAUGAUGCCAAGGAGAUCCUGGCGUAUCUGCUGCCCUACCAUACGUUUUACUUGGAUGACAUUUGUAUAGACUCCUCCGACGAAGACGAAGAGUUUUGUGAGAGCCUGGAGAAUGACGUUCGGGAAAUCGAUGCGGGUAUCUCCCAGAUAAAGGACUCCUUUCGUGCCUACACGAACCCCUCCAUGCUGUGGAGCUUCAACAAAAUAAUCGACCGAACGGAUGACCAGCACAACAAGAGGAAAAAAAUCGCCGACGGGUGAGGUGGCGAGCGGUUACACAGUAAUAUGAAGCACACCGCACUGUUUUCAAUGAGAUUUUUUUUUUUUUUUUUUUUUGGAAAACCUUUUUGUGCAUACCGUUGUUCUUUUAUUUGAACCUCUUUGUUGUUCUUUCUUUUGAACAGCUUUGUCUUUUUUUUUUGGAAUACCUUUGCCCUUUUUUUGAAUACCUUUGGCCUUUUUUUGGAAUACCUUUGUCUUUUUUUGAAUAUCUUUGCCCUUUUUUUGAAUAUCUUUGCCCUUUUUUUGAAUAUCUUUGCCCUUUUUUUGAAUAUCUUUGCCCUUUUUUUGAAUAUCUUUAUUUUUUUAUUUCUUCUUUUUUUUCUUCCUUUUUUGCGUGAUUUUGAACGAGAAGGGGGUUGGAAAGAAUGCGUUCCAACUUCUCCUUCCUUUUGUGAAGCUUUGCCUUUUUUGCGUCUGUUCACUUUACCAUUUGCCGCGCGCGCGGGCCGAAGUGGCAUCAUCUGCAGGUCCGUACUCCUGCGCCUGUACUGCCACUGCUACCACUGCUACUACUGCUCCUACUGCUACCACUGCUACUGCUGCUGUUUCCCCCUUUUUUUGUUGCAUGCCUGGUAUGUGCCAAGCAUGGCGUAUACCUACAUUCGUGAGAUGACACAUAAGUGAAGUUCCAUGUGCACACACACAUUCGUUGAUUUUGCGAAACAAAAGCGAGUUUCACACUUUGAA